GCCGGGAGUCCGGGUGCCGCCGGUUACACUUCUGAGUGCCUUUCAGGAAGCCACAGGGCAGGGGGCGUCUGUGCAGAGAAGCCGGGGGAGUGAGUCGCAGGCAGGUCCAGCCUAUGAACCAGCCCAGUGACAUAUAUAGAAGCAUAAAUCAGGCCAGAGAUGGUCCGCCCGGCCGCACACAUGUGUGUAGACUCACAGGCAUGUCUGUAUGCUGUGUGGGCACCUGUCGUGUGAGUGGCUCCGGGCGUGGCUGCUCCUCGGACGUUCAGUUUCUGUAAGAUUUAUCUCUAGGGGCCUACCUUCCCCCAUCUCCAGAGGGGAACGUAAGAAGUUUAACGAACCUGGGACUGAGCAGAUUAAGGGAGUGGAGCAGAGGCUGGGCCGGAGAGGGUAGGGACUGCGGGUGCUGAGGAGUAGGGAACCAUCUAUUCGCCCCCUUUCCCAGGCAGAAAGCCGUUUUGGAAAGACUGUCGUGACAGAGGUGGCUCUGAAAUGUCUACAGAGCCCGAGAAGUGAUGAUCACUGAGUGAGUGGCACUGGGCUGAGACUGGCCAAUCUGUUGACAAGAGGGAUGCUAGCACUUAGGAAGGCAAGGAGGAAACUCAGAAUGGGGACCAUCUGCUCCCCCAACCCCAGCGGGACAAAGACAUCAUCGGAGGUCUGCAAUGCCGACUGGAUGGCCUCGCUGCCCCCUCACCUCCACAACCUCCCCCUUUCCAAUCUGGCAAUCCCAGGCUCCCAUGAUUCAUUCAGCUACUGGGUAGACGAAAAGUCCCCAGUGGGGCCUGACCAAACGCAGGCUAUCAAACGCCUCGCCAGGAUCUCUUUGGUGAAGAAGCUAAUGAAGAAAUGGUCUGUGACUCAGAACCUGACAUUCCGGGAACAACUAGAAGCUGGAAUCCGCUAUUUUGACCUUCGUGUGUCUUCCAAACCAGGGGAUGCUGAUCAGGAGAUCUACUUCAUCCACGGGCUUUUCGGCAUUAAGGUCUGGGAUGGGCUGAUGGAGAUUGACUCAUUUCUUACACAGCACCCCCGAGAGAUUGUCUUCUUGGAUUUUAACCAUUUCUAUGCCAUGGAUGAGGCCCAUCACAAAUGCCUGAUUCUCCGGAUCCAGGAGGCCUUUGGAAACAAGCUGUGUCCAACCUGCAGUGUGGAAAGUAUGACACUGAAAAACCUAUGGGAGAAGACGUACCAGGUUCUUAUUUUCUACCACUGUCCCUUCUACAAGCAAUACCCCUUCCUGUGGCCGGGAAAGAAGAUUCCAGCACCCUGGGCAAAUACCACAAGUGUGCACAAACUAAUCCUCUUCUUGGAGACCACUCUGAGUGAGCGGGCCCCACGCGGCUCCUUCCACGUCUCCCAAGCGAUUCUCACCCCCAGAGUGAAGACCAUCGCCCGAGGCCUGGUGGGUGGCCUCAAGAACACUCUGGUCCAUAGGAAUCUUCCUGCCAUCCUGGACUGGGUGAAAACUCAGAAGCCUGGAGCCAUGGGUGUCAACAUCAUCACAUCUGACUUUGUCGACCUGGUGGACUUUGCCACGACUGUCAUCGAGUUGAAUGACCUCUUACAGGAGGACAAAGCUCUGGCUAAAUGCUGA